AUGGUUGCAAAGAAUGACUGGCGAGCCGGUGCAUUCGGCGUCCGCCCUGCGCGUGUGGCCAACUGCUCAGGCUACCAUGGGGACCCAGCUAGGGAGAUGUAUAAGCAGGCGACGCUCGGCGAGGUGGAUUUCAUCACCGGGGACUAUCUUGCCGAGGUCAACAUGGCCAACAACGCGGAAUCUUUCGCGCAUGGAAACCACCCUGGCUACGAGGAGACGGCCUGGGAAGGGCUUCAGCAGACGAUCGAUGUGAUUGCCCAAAAACACAUCAAAGUUGCCAUCAACGGAGGUGCCCUCAGCCCAGAGGGUCUCGCUCUCAGGGUGGCGGGAUUAGUCCAAGAGAAAGGCUACCGGUUGAAGGUCGCCUACGUCUCCGGCGACAACGUGCUCCCUAAGCUUGGGAAGCAUAUGGCGCGGCGAAAGGACGAGGCCUUGGCCCAUCUUGAUUCGGUGAAUCGCAACGUCAGCCUGUCUUCCGAAUCCGAAUCCUUUCUGUUCGCCCGGGAGGACGAGGACAUCGAACCCCGUGAGAUUGUAUCGGCCAACGCCUAUCUGGGCGCCCAUUCCAUCUACGAGGCUUUCCGGCACGGCGCCGACAUCAUCAUAUGCGGGCGUGUUUCCGACGCCAGCCCUGUCAUGGCCUGUGCGUGGUACUGGUGGUCUUGGAGCAUCACGUCCUAUAACGAGCUGGCGGGCGCUCUGGUCGCCGGACACUUGAUUGAGUGUUCGGCCUACGUGACCGGCGGCAACUUUGCAGGCUUCGAUGCCUUUGACCUGGACCGCUUCGUUGACCCGGGCUUCCCCAUCGCCGAGAUUGCUCGGGACGGGUCUUGUGUCAUCACCAAGCACCCCGGUACCGGCGGCAUGGUCACGGUCGACACCUGCCGGUCCCAGCUGGUCUACGAACUCCAGGGCAACGUCUAUCUCAACAGUGACGUGAAGGCCUACUUGGAUCAUGUGGUGAUGGAACAGGUCGGCCAUGACAGAGUCCACGUUUCCGGAAUCCAUGGCGCGCCGCCACCCGACACCACCAAGCUGGCCGUCUUCUACAAGGGUGGAUACGAAAUGCAGGCCUUGUUCAACGCUACAGGCUAUGCUUCUGACAAGAAGUUUGACCUCUUCAGCAGGCAGGUUCGAUUCUUCUUGGGCGAGGAGGCCUUGAGGCGGUUCGACGUUUUUGAAUUCCAGCAGAUCGGUGUUCCCGCCACCAAUCCAUCCAACCAGAACAGCAGCACCAUCUAUAUCCGCAUCUUUGCUCAGUCGACCAGCGCCGAGGCUUUACAAGCAAUCACCCGUGCCGUGCGCGACGUGUCGUUGAAGCAUUUCUCCGGUUUCCACAGUUCUUUGGACAUGCGCACAGCAGUUCCCCGCCCUUAUCUGGCCUACUAUCCAGCCCUGUGGCCGCAGUCCGAGAUUGAAGAACGCUUCCAUUUGGUAAGCGCUGACGGCACCAUUGAAUCGUUCGACACCGCCGGGCCAGUCAACUUCGACCAUGUUGGGCAACGGGAAUCUUAUGACACGAAACUGCCGGUCGACCUCAACUUGAAGGGCGAGCUCCGCGAGGUUCGCCUGGGAGACAUCGCCCUCGGCCGCUCCGGCGACAAGGGUGCGAACUUGAACUUUGGCCUGUUCGUUCAUACCCAGGCCGAAUGGGACUGGCUGCGCUCGUUCAUGUCCCGCGCCAAGGUCCAGGAGCUCCUGGGAGAUGACUGGCGGGCCGACUUUUCCAUUGAGCGGGUUGAAUUCCCUGGGAUCUUAGCCGUCCACUUUGUCGUGUAUGGGAUCCUUGGUCGUGGCGUCAGCAGCUCGAAGCGUUUGGAUGGCUUUGGGAAGGGGUUCAUCGACUACGUUAGAGAUAAGGUGGUUGAAGCCCCGAUCUCCAUUCUGAAAUAA